AGUAUUCCAACGCAUGCGCAAAACGUUUGGAGAGACAAUAGCUGGAUCCGGUAUUGUUUUCCGUAAGUCAGGUUGUGAAGUGUUUUCUGGGUCUCUGUUAUCCGUUAUUCUGAAAAGUGUUUGACGUUCUGACACGUGCUGUUGGCUUUUCGCUAUGACUGUCAGCAAAAAUAACAAGGUUCUGCAGUUAUUGCAUGCAAAAAUGCGUGUCAUUUUAUGUGACAAGCGCACCUUUAUAGGUGAAUUUGUUGCAUAUGAUAAACAUAUGAACCUUGUUCUGAUUAACUGUACAGAAUAUAAAAAAUAUAAACCUUCUAAAUCUAAACUCAAGGAGCCUAUUGAAGUGAAGAAGACUCUAGGAGUAGUGAUACUGCGUGGUGAAAGUGUCAUGUCUAUCAUAGUGGAGAGUGAGCCUCCUUCAAGAUCCUCAAGUUAUGGUGGUUCAAGCUCUCGGUAUUCAAGCCGCUAAGUUCAGUCAGCAUCAUAUCAUGUUUACAUGCCACGUGCAUUUUUUGUCAUGUUGUUCGUGUACUCAGUCAUGUAACUUUAUUAUUAAUCUCUUACGUAAAGUUUGUUAAUAAAAUACUUGAAAUAUUGA